AUGCUUUCUCUGCUCCUUUUGGGCCUCGCAGCCCUUCAGGCCACUGCCCGGCCCCUGGGAAGCCAUUCCUUCACUGAACGGUCCCAUCCAUCUCUGUCACAGUGCGCGAAUGACCCUGUUUGGCUGCUGUUUCAAGAGUCUCGCCUGCAACCAGAAGCAAGCGCGUUUUGCAGCGUGUACAUCGAAGCGACACAGACGCAAACAGUCACCGUAAACCCAACAGCCACACAACUUGCGUUUACAGGUGCUGUCACGGUUACAGACGCGACUGUCGAUGUCACCUUCACUGCGACUGCUGAGGUCGACCAGACGAGAACAUCAUGGUAUUCCAGCAUGGCAGUGAUCCCUGUCACCCUCACAAGCGUGGUUGAGGAUGUGAUCUCGACAACAGAUUUGUUCUCCACCACUGAUGCGACAGUCGUUGUGACUAUAAUAGAUACUCUCACGACUAGCACAACCGACGCGACGGCGUAUGCCACAGUCUUCAGUACUGAUGAUAUAACCACCACUGAUACCACUGUGUAUGCCACACAGACAUCCACUCUGGAUGUCACCAUCACUGCGACCACGGUGACCAGCACCGCCACUAGCCUCGUGACCGCUACCGCAACAGCCUAUCUGGUAGCAAGAGACGACGAAGUCGAAGCCAACGAUGAGGAUGAUGACGAAGAGUACGAUAGUUGUCCCGCGCCAGAGCCUGAAUGCACUUCUCCAGAAUGCAUUCGCUCUAGCUUCUUCAACGAGAUCAGAACGAUCGCGGCGAAAGAGCUGAGUAGUGCAUGUUCCUGUCUGGUAGAACCUUCAACUACCACAAAGACGGUUACGAGGACUGGCUCCGCGGUGGUUCGGACGGCGGCAUCUACCAUCUUCGCAACCGCCACCGAUGAUAUAACAGCAACUGUGACACGUGCCAGCAGCCAUGUGGUGGUUGCAACGACCAUUAUUGAUCAGACGUCUCUCUUCUCUUUGACCACCACCGAGACCGUCACUUCCCCAGUCACCGAGUUGAUAGAUGUUACAGCUGUCUCUACCACCACAACGACGACCACAACAACCACUGAUGAGACAGCCAGUGCCACGACAAUACUCGUCACGUCCGUGACCAUCGAUGAAACCGCCUCUGCCACAGCCACAAUCACCAAUACCAUCACGAUCGAUCAAACAGCAUCAGCCACGGUGACCGCCACCCAAACCACUACCACAACCGUUGCUCCUACCACCCCUACGCAGAGCUGCAGUGCCUUGUCAAGCCCCUACACCAACUCCUAUGGCCAAAAAUUUACGCUCAACUGCGGACAUUACUAUCCUAUUGAAAGCGGCGGCAGUGUCGGGAGUGGAACAUUCACUCACUUUGAGCAAUGCCUCGAUCUGUGUUCGGAGUAUCCUGCGUGUGUGGGAGUUGAUUAUGAUGCUGCAAGUGGUUACUGCGAGUUGUUCAACAAUUCACAUUCUGGGUCGAGCUCUGGGUUUGACUCGGCGCUACUUAUCGCUGCUUAG